CUUGCCUGGAUUCUCUCAUGUUCCCGAUCAAAACAGCAUCUGAUCUGAAUCCCGACGUUGAAUGCGGAACGUAUGGCCUAUAAAUCUGUGACUCUCACGCCUUCAAUGGAACCCCAACACCAUGUUUUGCGCGGCCCUUGUCGUUGUUGCCACGUUCAUCGUGCUUACUGUCGGAAAAGACAGUGCAUGUCGACUUUUGCCUACAGACUCUUCUUGGCCAGCUCAAGAUGUGUGGAACGCUUUCAACCAAUCCGUCGAUGGUCGCCUCAUCCAGACUGUUCCACUCGGUAGACCUUGUCAUGACCCGAAUUACGACGAGGCAAAAUGCAGCGCGAUUCGGGACAAUUGGCACUCUAUGGAAUUCCAUGAGGCCAGUUCAUCUUCUAUAAUGGAUCCCGGCUUUCUGAAUAAGAGCUGUGACCCUUUUGAUCCUCGAGAAACCCCAUGCCGAGUUGGCGCAUAUGUGCAAUAUGCGGUGAACGUCUCGUCGGUCGAUCAUGUCAUAAAAACCGUCCAAUUCGUGAAGGAACAUAACAUUCGAUUCGUAGUAAGGAAUACCGGUCAUGACUUUCUGGGAAGAUCGACUGGUGCAGGUGCAGUAGCAGUUUGGGUGCAUCAUCUGCGGGAUGUCGAAUGGAUUCCGGAGUUCAAGUCGCCUCUUCAUACGGGACCAGCUUUCAAAGCCCACGCAGGAGCUCUCAGCUUCGACAUUGCACUAGCAGCUGAUAGCAAAGGUCUAGUCGUCGUGACUGGUGGAACCCCGAACGUUGGUUUUACAGGUGGGUUCGUACAAGGCGGUGGACAAUCUGCUACGAUGUCGUCAUACGGGUUGGGUGCAGACCAGACCCUAGAGUUCGAGGUGGUAACAACUCAAGGCAAAUUUGUCCGUGCUUCCCAUACGGAAAAUCAAGACCUCUAUUGGGCAUUGAGCGGCGGCGGAGCAGGCACCUACGCAGUCGUAUGGUCUGUCACGGUCAAAGCUCACCAAGACCUCCCGGUCACUACUGCGUCUCUCAACUUUACUUUGGAUGAAAAUACCCAAGAAACGUUCUAUCAGGCGAUCGACGCGUACCAGGCCAGCACCCCGAGCCUUGCGGAUGCCAAAAUUUGGUCUACGGCACAAUACUCCAGCGCGUUUUUCAACCUAUUCCCGAUUUUUGCCGUCAACAAAACCUCUGCUGAAAUUUCAGCUCUUCUUCAGCCUCUGCUGGACAGCCUUGAUCGACUGGGAGUCAAAUAUACCUCGAGCGUGCAGUCGUAUGAUAAAUACCUUGAUGGCUACAACACCCUCGACAAUCUUAUCAAUGUGCCGAUCGGGGUCAUAACGUUCGGUUCACGGCUACUACCGCAGUCAGUCUUCGCUCAAGGUGAGACGCUCCGGCGUACUCAGGAAACCAUCCGAGGUAUCUUGGAAGGCGGUGGCCUUGUGGCCGAUUUCAUCAUGAAGCCCACGUUAGAUGUUGCCGGGAACCCUCAGAAUGCUGUCUUACCCGCAUGGAGAGACGUGAAUAAACAUGUUAUAGUUGCGCUUCCUUUGACAGAUGGUGAAUCCUCCGCACAGCUUUCAGACCAGAAGAAGAAGAUAACAACGGAAUUCAUGCCGGCUCUGAAGAAGCUAACGCCAGGUUCAGGAUCCUACGACAAUGAAGUAUCUUGAGAUUUCUGCCGCCCUCUGACACAUUUGCCUAACCUCUUUUUCAGGGAGAUCCUAGUGAGCCUGAUUUCAAGGAAGCGUUCUACGGGGCCAACUAUGAUAGGCUACUUGAGAUCAAGGACAAAUGGGACCCAGAUCAGAUCUUGUAUGGAGCAGUGAAUGUUGGAGGCGAUAGAUGGCAUCAGACGGAAGAAGGAAGACUCUGCAGGAAUGAAGAGUAUGUGGAUCUUCUCCAUGACACAUUCACUUCUCGCUUUAGAUAUCAAGCGUCUAACUCGGAAUUGUAGUUCUGGAUGUUUCUGACCGAUUUUCUUGUCAACGACCGCAGAGCUUGUACUGAGCAAUCGACAAUGAUUCUUUGAUCACACCUACAUUUUGGACGGCUUGGAAUAUGGAUGAGUUGGGUUCCCCGAAGGUAGUACGUUAGCGAG